AUGGGUUCGGCCGUUGAAUUUAGCGACUCUGUGGCUGUCGUCCCAGCACAGAAUACCAGUCUUGCUCCCUGGCUUGAGGAGGCUCCUCGCCUUAUCCAGAGACUUGGCUGGUGCAUGGCCAUUGCUUCUACCAGGGACGUUGCUCGCAUCAGAUUGACUUCAAAGGCAGUCAGGUAUCAUGAGAAUCCCCUAUCUCGACUAUGUUUCAACUAUGCUUGCUCUAAUGCAUUGAAUAGAAGUGCAGAUCUCGCAAACAAUCUGGUCCGUGUCGCCGAUGAAGGCCAAAAUGCAUUCAUGGAUGCAUAUAGCGACCUUCUUGACAUCGGCAACGGGACAAAAUCCAUGAUUCGAAAGAAUGGCUACUUUGACCGACUUGAAGAAGCGCUGGGGAAGAAGCACGGAAAAAGACCAACUGAUCGUGCUCUGGAACAAAUCAAUAAGACAAUUGAUGAAUGCGACAGGAACGGGAAGCACACUGCCCAGAUUUUUAAAGACUGGUGGCGGACGCUGCAGAACGUGGAAUGUGCUGUCAUUGAGACUCAGAGGGCCACCGGAACUGAAAUCGACAAAGUAGACAAAGAGAUGACGGCCCUCAACAGUGACCUCAAGUAUCAGGAAAUUUCUAUGAUACAGAAAGCAAGUCAAGUCAAGGGUGCUAUACAGCGUUACCAGGAGGUCCUCGAGGUUUAUGAGGCUCGAGAAGCUAAACUUGAGGAGUACAGUGCCCAUGCCAUCACUGGUGUCACACUAGGAGCUGCCACCACUGGCGUGCUAGGUGCCGUUUUGGCGGUGGCAGGGUCCGCAGUCUUGGUUAGUUCCUCGAGACAAAAGCUUUCUACUCUCGAACAAGACUUAGAGCGCAAGCAGCAGCUCUCUCAGGAGUUGGAAUUGCAAAUGGCCAAGGCUCAAGGCGUGAUCGAAGGAAAGCAAACUGAGGAGGAGAAAUUGAAAAGCAUGGCCAACGUCAUCAUUACAGUUUGCUGUCUCCUUCAGGGACUCUGCAAUGACAUCCUCAACCUUGUGGCCCAAUUCGCCCAUCUCAAUGCAACUAUCAAGCAGCUCGUCCAAGAGCACCAGGACACCAAAGACAAUGUUCAAGACUUGCAACAUGACCUCCUGCAUGCAGAGAGUGACGACGAGCACCCGGCGAUGAACAUGCUGCAGCACAAGACCUUUCUUGACCAGCUACGUGUCAUGCGCAGGCUAUGUGCUCAGAUUAACGCCGUCUCCAAUCUCUACGCCGGCGUCAUUACCGACGUCAUUAACCCUGGGUUCAGUCAGGCUGUCGAGAGUGCCUACGAAGACGGUGGAGAGACAAACAUGUCAGUCGUUAUCCACAACAAGACACACGGAAUGAAUGAAUACCUGGAAAACGCGAAACAUACUUGCCGAGCAAGGGAGCUGGAUGCUGGUAUUGAGUUGAGGCGGUGGUUUGAUGAUAUCGAUACUGCGUACAGAGUAAAGGAGAUGGCUUGGCAGAAGAACCGAAACAGAAUGGGUAACAACGGGAAGAAGGCCAACAUGAGGGCAGGUAAAGGUGGUGUUGGAGCGCGAAGUGGAAAUGAUGUACUAUAUUUACUUGCCGCCAGCAUUGUUGUUGUUAUAUUUUGA